AUGUCUCUGCUUCUUCUUCUUCUUCUUCUUCUUCUUAUCCAUUUCAUAACUCCAUCUUCACAAGCGUCCAUCCGAAACCUCCUCGAAGCUCGUGGUUUACCAGGUGGUUUGUUUCCGGACAACGUAGAGAGUUACAAUCUAGACGAGAAGACAGGGGAGCUCCAAGUUAAGCUACAGAAUCCUUGUUUUGCUAGGUUCGAAAACAGAGUAUACUUUGAUAGUGUGAUCAGAGCUAAUCUAAGCUAUGGUGGCCUUGUUGGGCUUGAAGGUUUGACGCAAGAAGAGCUUUUUCUUUGGUUACCCGUUAAAGGCAUUGCAGUGAAAGAUCCUUCUUCUGGACUUGUUCUGUUCGAUAUCGGUGUUGCUCAUAAACAAAUUUCUCGUUCUCUCUUUGAAGAUCCUCCUGUUUGUUAUCCUCCUGGAUCCAUAAUGGAGAAGAUAGAGAAGAGCAAAAUGGAUAUUCAGCUCAAGAGAUGA